UGCUAUAAUACAUGAAAUAUGCGUGACAAAAUGUAAUUAAUGUAUAAGAUUACAACAGUUUUACAUGGCAUACCAUAUAAAAAGGACAAACGAAGGAACAAAAUUCAUAAACUAGCGAAAUAUCGAUACAAGGAAUAUGGUUUCGUCAACUCUUGUAUUGUUGUUACUGUGUGCAAACGUUGGAAAAGCAUUGGAGAGUUGUAAUCCAGGAAAGACAACAUGCGUGACAGAGGACCUUCUGCAUAUGAUUAUGAGAGCUGUACCUACUAUAAAUGAUUCCAAUUCAAAGACUGAUCUCGAACGAAGACCAACAUUUUUUGCAUCGUUAAAAGCACCUCAGCAAACUCUGUCUGAUAUUAAGGAUAUUGUGAAGUUUGAUGACGCAAAGAUUAAUAUUGGAGGUGGAUACGACUCUACAACUGGAAUAUUUACUGCUCCACGAAAUGGAAUCUACAUAUUCUCUUGUACUAUUGUGAGUGUUGGUGGCGGUGAUGUUCAAUUCCAGCUUAACAAGAACAACCAUUUCUAUACAGGAGGGUAUGCCACUAGAACGAAUUAUGGAGGUCAAACGGUGUACUCUAUCGUCGAGCUAAGGACAGGAGAUAAAGUGUAUAUUAAACACAGAACUGGUUCAUUACAGAAAGUGUCUGGAAAUCACCACUCCACAUUUUCCGGUUAUCUUUUGUCUAAGUAAUAACAUUUACUGUUCUCAAUAUAAUAGUAACAUUUUCAGUACUAAACAUACUAUUUUAAUUUUGAAAUAACACGUACCUAAUUAUUAAAAAUUGAUCUAUUGAUUAUCGAAUAAAAAUUUAACAAUGGU